AUGACUACCGACAUCGCUGUCCCCGACGUUCAAAGAGCCUGGGUGGUUGUUGACCAAGGACCACCUCGCCAAGUUUUGAAACUCAAGUCGGAUUGGCCUGUCCUUAAGAAACUCGAACCUGGCUAUGUACUCGUGAAGAUACAAGCAGCAGCGCUGAACCCAGUCGGGUACAAGAUGAUGAGUGUUACUCCCGACUUUGUCUUCAAACGACCCUACGUUGCAGAUUAUGAUAUUGCUGGAGUCAUCGUGGAUGAGAAUGAUUCCACUUUCAAGAAGGGUGAUGAAGUCUUUGGAUGGACCUUUGCAUGGGUGAAAACGGCUUACCAGAAGGUACCGAAGCAGGGUGCUUUGUCGGAAUACGCUGUUGUUGCUGCCUCUUCGCUUGCUCUCAAGCCGAAGAAUAUAACACCUGUCCAGGCUGCGGGAGUCACUCUCACAGCCUUAACUGCUUUGCACAACUUGGAUGAGGCUGGCCUGGAAGAGGGUCAGACUAUCCUGGUCAACGGUGGUAGCACUGCGGUUGGAUCGUUUGCGAUUCAGCUUGCAAAGAUAAGGGGCGCCAAAGUCGUCGCCGUUGCCUCGGGGAAGAAUGAACAGUAUUUCAUCGACUACACGAAAGUCGGGCCUCUCCACAAAUACCUUGCGGAGAACCCUCCCUCCCCGAAAUUCAAUGUUAUCCUGGAGGCCGUAGGACUCUAUGAUCCAUCGCUGUAUACGUACAGCAAGAACUACUUGGCCCCGAACGGAGUGUACCUGUCGGCUGGCCCCCAGCCAACUAAGCUGGCGUCCUUUGAUACGCUCUGGAAUACUUUGCGAUUCGCCACGGUCUUCCUUCCUUCCUUCUUGACAGGGUACAAGCCGAAAUUUGCAGUUCCAUUGGUUACAAAUGAAAAUAACAGGUUGGAACGUCUAAGAGCCUGGUUGGAAGAAGGAAAACUGAAACCAUUGGUCGACUCGGUGUUCAACUUUGAAAAUGCACUGGAGGCAUACGACCGCGCCAUGACUUUCAGGGCCACUGGAAAGGUUGUGGUGAAGGUUGAUAACUCUCUCGAGUCCUGA